AAUCUUUGGGUACCCUUUGUUUUAUUAGCCAUCAAGAAUAACCAGCGGCUUCGCCCAAUAAAAAACAAGAUGGCGGGCUUUGGGGACAAUACUCGUGUGAAAGGAGUGACGAUCGUAAAGCCCGUUAUCUAUGGGAACGUUUCACAUUAUUUCGGCAAAAAGAGGGAAACUGAUGGCCAUACUCAUGGAUGGACAGUCUACAUUCGACCCUUCAACAACGAGGAUAUGUCAAGUUAUGUGAAGAAAGUCCAUUUCAAGCUUCAUGAAAGUUACGCAAAUCCUCUUAGAGUCAUCACCAAGCCUCCAUAUGAAGUCAAUGAGUCUGGCUGGGGAGAAUUUGAAAUCACAAUCAAAAUCUUCUUUAUGGAUCCACAAGAAAGACCUGUGACUUUGUACCAUCUACUCAAGCUCUUCCAAACAGAGUCCGCCCUUGCAUCUGGGAAAAAGCAAUUAGUAGCAGAGUUCUAUGAUGAAAUUAUUUUUCAAGACCCAACUCAGAUGAUGCAUCAGUGUUUAUUGAGCACAAGGCAGCUCCCUCCAAUGAAACAUGAAUCAGAUUGGCCAGAGAUUGAACAGAGAACUACUUCAGCAAUUGCAAUGGCAAGAUCCAAGAUCGGGAAGGAAAUAAGCCAAUUGAAGGAAAGGUUAAAAGCAAGUAAAACAACUAUACACAACUUGAAGACAGAGAUUUCUAGAUUAGAGCAGGAAGAGGAUGAGGGCCCUGGCUCCGGACUAUUACAAGUGCAGGCCAUGCAUAUUCCUGCCACAGCACCCAUAGCCGAGGACACAGGGCCGAGGAUGCCAGCGACACCCACAUGAGAACUGCCAACAUCCCAUAAGAAAUGUUACGUAAUGUCAAUAAUCUGGAUGUGAUGGCCUUAAUCCAGUUUGCCAUACAAUGAUGUGAGACCUGGCUUUGUCUUCCCUGAUACUGGACAAAACUGGACUACCAUACUAUCAUACAAACAACAGUCAACAUAUGAACAUUGAUGUUUUCUUGGAAAGCAAUAUAACAGACAAUGACUGUAUGGUGCAAAUACCCUCCCUUGGCUAUUAGAGAGAGAUAUUUAUCCAUACCUCUUUUUGUAAAAUAUAUACCUAUUUUCAAUAACACUUUAUAGCUAUGCUACUAGCCAAAACCUAAAUCAAUGUUGUAUUUUUUAAGGUGGCCCGCGUCCAUUAAAAAGUACUGCUUUCUCGAAAAGUCAAGCCAUCAUCAUUUUUUAAACCCCUCCCAUACAAUCAUUAUUUACGCGAUUUCUCUAAUUCUUUCAAAUUCUGUAUGGCACGGGUAAACAGCGGCAUUCCCUCGAGAGUCACCAACCUGUGAAUUCCAGUUGAAAUCCAAAACAACAGAAGUUCAAAGAUAGCUCUUUGGCUUCUGGGAGUUUGGAAGAGUAACCGUCAUUACCCGUACUCUAAUCUGGUGCAACUGCUUUUUCUAUACCCUAGUUUUGAUCAUAUUAAGUAAGGUAAGUAAGUGUAAGUAAGGUAAGUAAACGGUAAGUAAGGUAAGGUAAGUAAGCGGUAAGUGUCAAAACAUAGUCUACCAAAAGCUAAAAGGAAUCAAAAUGGAUGAAUUUGAAUUAUAAUUAUGACGGAAAUGUGCUGUUUACUUCUCCGCGGUAAGUAAGGUAAGGUAAGUAAGCGGUAAGUGUCAAAACAUAGUCUACCAAAAGCUAAAAGGAAUCAAAAUGGAUGAAUUUGAAUUAUAAUUAUGAAGGAAAUGUGCUGUUUACUUCUCCAAGCGCAAAACUCGAAAUCACGGUCUCCAAAUGCUAGCAUUUUUAAUGAAGGGACAUCAAUUUUUACUUUUAGAUGGAGGUAUUCUUUCUGUGAACGAUUUGAUUGGCAGCAUGUUCAUCAUUCUUCAAGACGUCUAUCUCGAGAUAUUCAAAUUGUUAUACUGUAUACUUAUACCGUCGAUUUAGAGCAAGAUCGGCCCAACGAAAUAUCAUUAUAUUUCACAGGCGUGAUCCUUGAAAUUCAAUUUAACUAUUACAAACUUCGACUUUCAAUUAAUCGGUUUGGAUUUCACCUAGCAUUGCAGUAAACUCCGAAUCUAGGAUGUUCCUUUCAUAAGAAUUGAAAGAAUUAGAAAAAUCUUGUAAAUAAUGAUUGUAUGGGAGCGGUUUGAAAAUGCGUGAUUUUUUGGGAAAGCAGUCCUUUUGAAUUGAAACGGGCCACCUUAAUAAAAAAAAGAGUUUUAUUGUUGAGUAUAUCGAAUAUCCUUUUUCUGGAGUGUAACCCAAUAAAGGCCAACUCUUGCUAAA